UUGAGCUUAUUGUCUAUCGACCUCAAGUCUAGGGGCAAAAUCGGCACUUUAGCCCAUUAAUUACCAGUGGAACCGUAAAAUGGCAGUCAUUGUUGUCAUAUGAAUCUUAAUUUCUAAAUUCCUAAUGGCUCGACCCACGAACACCACCACAAGCAGCGUCACGGCGAUAAGACCAUUAUCGACGCCUUCUGCCGGCACCGUUACCGCCACUGUUACUGUAGAAAACAACAACAGACAACAACAACAGCCACCACAAACCCUAGUAUUAAGGUUAAAACGGAAAGAGAAGAAGGUUACCUGGAAAGAGGGCACCGUAGACAACGAGUUCAUGCAAAAGAAGAGCUCCAAAAAGUGUUGCAUCUUCCACAAGGACAAGCCCUUUGAUGAAGAUUGUAGCGAUGAUGAUGAUGAUAACGAUCAUAAUCAUGAUGAUCAUAAAUCUGAUGGGGCAUGUUCUUCUAAGGACAACGGUCCCGAUUCAAAUUUAGCGGCUGAUUAAUCGCCGUCUUCUUUGGUCGAAAAACAAAGAAUUGGGACCUUGAUAUGCUUGUUGUUGAUGUUAAUUUUCCUGCUAUCUCACAUCUAUAUCAUUUGUUUUUGUUUCGGAUUUGUUUCUUUUUAAUAUAAGAAGAGCAGAACAAGAAUUAUUAAUUGACUGGUACUUUAGUUGCCUAAUCUUUGUGGAACUGGUUGUUGUUGUUCAAUGAAACCUAAUCGUUCCUCCAUUGAAAUAAAAUUUCUUAGGUAA